ACUUGAGGGAUUUUAAAGCUUGAAUUACAAUAGAGAAUAAUCGACCUCGGCUAAAUAUAAAUUACUCAAAACAACGGACUACAAAGGAGUGAGAAGGAAAGUGUUUGGCUUGUGAAACAGGCAUUUUUUUUCUUAUCGAAGUGCUGCGGCAAGAUAAUUUACUUCGCUGCGCACGUUCGACUGGCGGGUUAAUUGAAUCUUUAGAGCUGUAGAAAGAAUAGCCAGGAUUACACGACAAAUUUAUUCUCGACUCGUCGAGUGUCCUUAUAACGCUGAGAGAGAAUAUUCAUGCGCUGGAUGAAGUCUUGAUCGCUCAUUGUCUGCCAAAGCAUUAGCACUGCCGGGGAGUUUUUUGCGCCCGACGGUUUGAUAGGAAAUUCGCGGGAACUCUUUUCUGGCAGAUUUGAUAAAAGGAAACAUUAAAUUUACCAAGCUGAUAAUCGGAAGUGCCACGCAAGCUAAGAAAGGCCAGCCCAUUAUAAUACAGUCACGACGUAGGUCGCCUUCAGUUUGAAUACAGUGACAACACUGAACGGUCGUCGGUGGACAGCGAGCGAAGACUCGUAGCUGAACAUCGCUUAAUGGCAAAGCACAACUGAUCACAGAAAGGCUCACGCUCUUUGAACUCGAUGAAACACGAAGGAUUAAGCAAGAUGAUGAUGCACGGAACAACAGAACGAAAUAAUUUCACCCUGGUCGAAAACAAAUUGCCUGGUUUAACUACGAACUUUUCUUCAGCCGGCAUACCCGAAGAGAGUGAUGCGGAUGAUUACUACCCAUUUGUGAUUGGACACGGGUCGAGUUUUAAAGUCGUCGACCCCAAAGUGUACAAACAUCUGCGUCGACAUAAUAUUCAGCAAAGGGUACCUGUUAAAGUAGCGGACUACGCGAAUAAACCGACAGUCGGGAGUCGGAGAACACGCGCUACAACGAACACUAAGUUAUCGAGUAGUUCGGACGAUGCGGACGAAUACUGUGAACUUUCACCGCUUGCGAAAGCGCCCCCCAUACCGUUAUCUACUCUCCGGUCUCAGCCCGUGGAAUUAAAACCCAAGAAUAAUCUCAUGAAAGUGUCCAGUUUCGAGCGGAGACUUUACACAGAUUGUUAUUAUUCAAAGACUAAAUCGUGUCUGGUCGAGAGCCAGCCGAGCUCUCCUAAAUCACGACCUACUACGCGACUUGUGGACACUAGCUCAUUGAAAAGCGAGCGCAGGGAGAACUCUUCACAAUGGGCAAAAGAAAAGCAGGAGCCCCUCUUGUGUGGUGUGGAAGCAGACGAGAUCAUAGACUAUGCCACUUGUAUGUGUUGUGUUAAAGGUGUCUUUUACCACUGCACCAAAGAUAGUUAUGAUGAAGGACAACUUGCCGAUGAACCGUGUUCGUGCGCGGGGCCCGUCAGCUCGUGCGCGCCUCGCUGGGGUUGUCUUGCUAUUUUAUCACUCUUCAUUCCCUGCCUAUGGUGUUACUUACCCGCUGUGGGCUGCAAAAAAGCCGCCACGAGCGUCAAGAAGAAGAAAAAAACCCAGAAACGCUUUAAACAAUUUAACUCUUCGUAGAUGAGGAUCCCUUAGAGCAGAACAUUUGACUUCAUAAGUCAGACUAUUGAGGUAAUUUUCGUAAAAUAUACCGCCGUAUUUUACGUGCGCUUUUAUAUGAGUUGAAAUCGAAUAUUUUAUUUACCGGGUGGUGAAUGAUUUGUUAGAAGUUUCAAACAGAUUUUCGUUCGCAUGGCUGUACUCUUUUACUGCGAUUUGGUGUCUAUUAGCGCGCGGGGAACUGUUAUCUAUACUUCUAUUAACUCAAAUGAUGACAGCGUCUGUGUUUCAUGUCAUUCUGUUUAUCGAAAGUUAUAAAAUGAAAUCAGACUUUGAAGAUCUUUAAGGGAUGACUGAUGGAUUAAGAAAUUUCCUACUGGUUCGAUUUCAGGCUAUCAAAUGUUUCUGUUUUCCCAAGGGCUUUUUCACUCGCUAAUCUAUUUUGUCUGUUUUGAAAAAUUUGUUUGAUGUCUUUUGACGGACUCACUUUCACCCGACUUAAAAUACACACAGUAUUAUAAUAUGCGAAUAUGCAGCAAUGUAAAAAGGAAAAUGUUUAGUUAAAUUAUGACGCGCAG